AAAAACUUCAUUAAGGAAUAAGCAAUUAUUAAAACCAACGAAAAGAAAGUGGAAUGUGUGUGUGUGUGAGAGAGAGAGAGAGAGAGAGAGAUAGACAUAGGAGAGAAGAAAAUAAUGGAAAGAGAGAGAGAAGGAGAAAGGAAUGGUGUGGACAUAUCAGUAUUACCAGAGGGAUGCAUAUCGAACAUAGUAUCAUUGACGAGUCCUAAGGAUGCUUGCACAGCUUGUGCGGUUUCUCCUAUAUUCCGUGCGGCUGCCGAGUCCAACGCUGUCUGGGAGACGUUCUUGCCGCCCGAUUAUCAAGCCAUCAUUACUCGAUCAUCAUCAACUUCAUUGGAUUCCUCGAACUUCUCUUCAAAGAAACAGCUCUACCUCAGUCUCUCCGAUAACCCCAUCUUGAUCGACGAUAAUAAAAAGAGCUUUUUCUUGGACAAAUCGAGUGGUAAGAAAUGUUACCUUCUUGCUGCAAGGGACCUUUGCAUUGUAUGGGGUGGCACUCCUCAGUAUUGGAGAUGGAUUUCUUUACCUGAAUCUAGGUUCCCAGAGGUAGCUAAACUUUUAGAUGAGUGGUGGUUUGACAUCCGUGGCAAGAUACAUACUUCCAUGCUGUCUCCGAAUACAAACUAUGCCGCUUACCUUGUGUACAAAUUGGCGAGAAGAGCCUAUGGAUUUACUAACCCUCCUCCAAAGGCUUCAGUUGGAAAAAGUGGAGAAGGUGAAGACUAUAAACAAACUGUUUGUUUGUGCAUGCCUGCUGUGGAGCCAAGCCAGCAAGACCAGGUUGUACUGCCGCAGCAGCACACUUCACAUCCGAAACUGAGAAAAGAUGGGUGGUUAGAGAUUGAAUUGGGUCAGUUUUUCAAUAAGGGAGGAGAAGAUGAACUGCAGAUUAGACUUAUGGAGGUAGAAGCUGGUACCCAAAAGACUGGUCUCAUUGUUGAAGGGAUCGAGAUCAGACCAACAAAGGGGUGAUAAAAACCGGUCUUCUUUAUCAUUAAGUGGCAUUGAUAUUGCAAUACUGUCAAACUUAUAUUGUGUAAUUUUUUUCUUUAUUGACAAAAUUUUGCACUUAAAAAGCUUCAAGAUUACUGGUAAAAACCAUCUGAGUGUUAUUUAAACUCAUGAUUCUCCUAAUUUGGCCUACGCUUCUCUUUUAUUUAAACCCCUCGACUCUGCUUUGUCAUUGUUCUUUUGAGUUUUGGUUAUUGUUCGAUAUAUCAUUGAGCCCAAAACCGUUUGUC